CGUAACCCAUCUUGUUUCGCAGAUUUUGUUGCGCACAGUUGAAAGUGUCCUUUUACUGUCAUUUUCAAGACAAACAAGUAAAACAAUGACUAACUAUGCAAAUAAAUUAAAGAACGGUGGAGAAAUUCUGUAUUUUAAAAAAUAUACUUAAUGCUUAAAUCCUAUCGUGUCUCGUCUACUGAUGCCUGAGCUCUCCAUGCUGCAAGCAAUAGUGACGUACGGGUUUUGCGUGCUAGCUCAUGGAAAUAAGGAAGAAGGAAUUAGUUUGGUAGGCGGCUUGACAUUUCUAAGCACGUAAUGCGAGUAUACAGAAUAAUUCACACGGACUAGUCAUAGGUAUAUUUUUUUCUUUAUGAAGCAGAAUGGGCUACGCAUUCAUGCAAAACUGAUAUAACGUCAUACUUAAAAUGUAACAAAAAUGAAUAAAGCCAGCAGCAUUUGGACCAUAAAAUAAACAGAACUGAAAAGCAAUAAUUUACAUGCCUAAUUUUGAUUCAGAUGAGACCUCGCUACAAGGAAGUGUUCGUCGUCUCAAAUGAAACAUGGAAAUAUACAUGUAAAAAUGUCUGAAAAAGAAGCGACACAAGAAAAAAAAUGCUCCCACAGGACUGAGCUUUAUAUUGAGGUUCCCCCGACAUGCCUACCAAUUGUCUACUCCCCGGAGUAUAACAUCACAUUUAUGGGCCUUGAGAAGCUGCAUCCAUUUGAUGCUGGGAAAUGGGGGAAGGUCAUUCACUUUCUGAAAGAGGAACAGUUCAUUACGGAUGGAAACAUCGUGGAGGCCCGGGAGGCUACAGAGGAAGACCUGCUAGUGGUUCACACAAAACGCUACCUGAACAAGCUGAAGAACCAUAUCUUGGAGGGCUCAAGAGAGUGGUCUCUGGUGGUGGCCACCAUCACUGAAAUCCCUCCCCUUCUGUUCCUGCCCAACUUCCUGGUUCAGAGGAAGGUGCUGAGGCCCCUACGUACACAGACUGGUGGGACCAUCAUGGCUGGAAAGCUGGCCAUGGAUCGAGGGUGGGCCAUAAAUGUGGGUGGCGGCUUCCACCACUGCUCCAGUGACAAAGGAGGGGGCUUCUGUGCCUACGCUGACAUCACACUCGCCAUCAAGUUUCUGUUCGAGAGAGUGGAGGGAGUAUCCAAGGCAACCAUCAUCGACCUGGACGCUCAUCAGGGAAAUGGACAUGAACGAGACUUUCUGGAAGACAGGAGAGUCUAUAUAAUGGAUGUCUAUAACCGCUACAUCUAUCCUGGGGAUGGCUAUGCCAAACGGGCCAUAAAGAGGAAGGUGGAGCUGGACUGGGGGACGGAGGACCAGGAGUACCUGCAGAAGGUGGAGCUUCACUCAGAGGGGGCGCUGAACGAGACCCGUCCUGACAUCAUCAUUUACAAUGCAGGGACGGACAUCCUGGAUGGGGACCCGCUGGGGGGGCUGGCCAUCUCCCCACAGGGCAUCGUUAAGAGGGACGAGAUCGUCUUCAGGGCGGCGCGGCGGCACGGGAUCCCCAUCCUCAUGGUGACGUCGGGGGGCUACCAGAAGAAGACCGCGCGCAUCAUCGCGGACUCCAUCCUUAACCUGCACCGGCAGGGUCUGGUAGGGGGAGGGGCCACCGAGGAGGCGGGGCCGUCGCUCGUGCCCCUGAUGAUGAGCAAGUCGGUGUCAGCGGGGGCACCCCUGUCUGUGCUCUGAUCCAGGCCUCAGGCUUACGCAGUACACAGAGAGGAGUGGCCCUCCGCAUGCUGUUGCUCUUAUUUCUCAUCUGAAAGAAGAGCAACCAAAAGACACCACUCUCUUUGGGGAAUGUGUUUUGAUGUACAGAGGGAAGAGCGGUUUGUUUUGGGCACUGUGCAGGUACAGCGGGGGUUUCUGAGGGGUUUGGUGAGCUUUUCAGGUAUUUAUGUACAGAAUACACUACACACCUCCCACUCAUUCUUUCUGUAGUACUGUGUGUCAGUGGUGUGGCAGAUUACUCCUGCUCUGUGGAAGCUGUGGCCAUUAGAAAGUGACCACUACACCACUUUAAACUUUUAACAUUAAGCUACCAUAAAAGUGGAUUUACUACUAUUAUUUUUUUGUAACCAUGCUGGUUUUUUUAUGUUUCAUUAAACGAACAACAUGUUUGCACACUUACCGUAACAGUUACUCUAAAAAAUAAUGUCUGUGUGAAAUGUAGAAGGGUACUCUUAAUUCUUCGGCAAUGCCUCGGAUUGUACAUAAUCUGUGAGUUAUUUUAUAUGCUGAUAAAUGGUAACUUAUAUUGUUCUUGACAUAUCAUUGAUUAGCAUUAUUUAUUCUCCAAGAGUUACUAGCUAAUGAAAUGGUUUAUUGAAAUUCAUUGACUCAAAUUGUUUGGAAAUAAUUACACCUUAGUUCAUAUCACAUGGUUUGUUAACUCGUAUAAACACGAUUUAACUCAUGGUAUUCUUUUGUGAAAUCACAUUGGUACUUACGAGUAUAGACACCUGGUAAAAAUGAUGUUGGCCCAUCACAGUCAAUACUAAGUGCUUUAUGCCAGUCAUUGGAUUGUUUUAAAAUGAACUUAUUAGGAGCCUUUUUUCAUGAUUCCAUUUGAACGGAUGAGAUUGAAUUCUUCAGUUUCAAUAGCUGUACACUGAAAACAUGGACAGUUUUUCAAGGUAUGGAAUUGAACCUUAAACCUGAAAUCAACUUGAGUAACGGAAAGUUAAAUUAAGAUUUAUGAGCUAAUGUUGCCCAGGCAGAUGAUUACAUUGUACGCCUUGGUUAUUAAUGUUUAUGCAUUUUUUUUUUGUUUAUCUGAGUUGUAGUACUGCUGUAGUACACUUUUUAAAACAACACCUUUUGAAAUGAUUACAGUUCUCUUUCACAGAAUUCUUACGAGAUACAGUUAAUCAAACUUAAUAAGAGAGUACCGCUUCGUGCACGUCUGCUGUUGUAGAAACCUGUUUUAAAAGCACUUUGUAAUUUACAGAGACAUUCUUUAAGCCUUGUUUUGAGUUUGGCACUGAGCUGUCAUUUUUACUUCUGGUUGGAAUGUUAGUGGACAAAGUCAGUAUUUUGACUAAUACAGCAAACAGAUUUUAUAACAGCCAUUAGCUUAUCUUUUAAAUUACUGGUGGCAGAUUUUUCACACACACUUUAAUUCUGUCUCAUGCAGUAUGUUAGUCAAGUUUUGCUUUUGAUCUGUCAUGUGAAGCAGAUGAAAACAGGAAAACAAAAUGCAGUUUUUCUCUGUGUUUUUGGUACAGUAGUUAGUAGUAAGGCCGUUAGAGUAGAGCAGAGUUUUCAUGUAAAGCUCUCAAGCCAUUUUCACUGGAUUUGUUUUUAUUUCUUAUAACCUCACCUGAUUUUGUAUGUGGCAUAAUGGACAGUAUUAAAUAUGGAAAUAUGCCUGUUUUAAAUUGGUGUGAACUACCAUUAGCUGCUUUCUGGACAGACUUUACCAUAAAGAAUUUACCAUAAGCUCCCUUGGUGUCAGAAGUAGUUGUUUACUGUACAGAAAUAGAUCUUGCUAUGUACAUCCUUUUUCUUACUUAUAUAGUUGAACUUUUAUGAACAUUA